AUGACAAGAAUUUUGACAGCUUGCAAAGUGGUGAAGACUUUGAAAGGCAGAUUGAAGUUUUGCAAUGUGUCUGCUGAUUACUGGAGUUUCUCAAGGACAGGUACCAGACUGUUGAGCAUCAAGGUGCAGACAGCGAACUUGGUGCUGGAAGAUGGGAUGAAGAUGAAGGGUUAUUCUUUUGGCUAUCCAUCCUCCACAGCAGGGGAAGUCGUAUUCAACACAGGACUCUCUGGGUACACCGAAGCCUUGACAGAUCCCAGCUACAAAGGACAGAUUCUUACCCUGGCUAACCCCAUAGUUGGGAAUGCUGGGGUGCCUGACACGGCUGCUUUGGAUGAAAUGGGCCUCAGGAGAUUUCUGGAGUCUGAUGGGAUCAAGGUUUCAGGUUUACUGGUGCUGGAUUACAGCAAUGAGUACAGCCACUGGCAGGCUACUAGGAGCCUGGGAGAAUGGUUGCAAGAAGAACAGGUGCCUGCACUGUAUGGGAUUGAUACCAGAAUGUUGUCCAAAUUAAUUCGUGACAAGGGCACAGUACUUGGGAAGAUCGAAUUUGAUGGUCAACCUGUGGAGUUUGUAGACCCAAAUAAGCAAAACUUAAUUGCAGAAGUUUCAACAAAGGAAGUCAAGAUUUAUGGCAGAGGGAAUCCAAUUAAAGUUGUAGCUGUUGACUGUGGGUUGAAGCACAACAUUAUCCGUCUGCUGGUAAAGCGAGGUGCAGAAGUGCAUUUGGUUCCAUGGGACCAUGAUUUCACUGGCAUGGAUUAUGAUGGACUUCUAAUUUCUGGAGGUCCAGGGGAUCCCAUGAAAGCCCAGGAAGUGAUUCAGAAUGUCAGAAAGGUCCUGGAAAGCAAUCGUCCAGAGCCCCUGUUUGGAAUUAGCAUGGGACAUCUAAUCACUGGAAUAGCAGCUGGAGCUACUUCCUACAAGAUGCAGAUGGCCAACAGAGGCCAGAACCAGCCUGUCCUGAAUGCAGUGAAUGGACAGGCUGUCAUCACUGCUCAGAACCACGGCUAUGCCAUCAAUAGCUCUGCCCUCCCUCCUGGCUGGAAGCCUCUCUUUGUGAAUGCCAAUGACCAAACAAAUGAGGGAAUUAUGCAUGAGACCAGAUCGAUUUUCACAGUUCAGUUCUAUCCAGAUGCAAAUCCUGGGCCCAGGGACACGGAGUUCCUAUUUGAUUCAUUUAUUUCCCUGGUUAAGAGAGGGAAAGGCACGACCAUUCCCUCGGUCCUUCCCAAGGCUGGAGUGACAGCUUCUAGAGUGGAGGUCUCCAAAGUUCUCAUUCUAGGAUCUGGGGGUCUGUCAAUUGGUCAGGCAGGGGAAUUUGAUUACUCUGGAUCACAGGCUGUGAAAGCCUUGAAGGAAGAAAAUGUGAAAAUUGUCCUCAUGAAUCCAAACAUUGCUUCAGUGCAGACCAAUGAGACUGGCUUAAAGCAGGCUGAUGCUGUCUACUUCCUCCCCAUCACUCCACAGUUUGUCAUUGAGGUCAUCAAGGCAGAGCGUCCCGAUGGAUUAAUUCUGGGCAUGGGUGGCCAGACUGCUCUCAACUGUGGAGUGGAACUCUUCAAGCAAGGAGUGCUGCAGAAAUAUGGUGUGAAGGUCCUUGGUACCUCAGUUGAAUCCAUCAUGGCUACAGAGGAUAGAAAGCUUUUUUCUGAUAAACUAACUGAGCUAAAUGAAAAGAUUGCUCCUAGCCUUGCAGUGGAAUCGGUUGAAGAUGCUCUGAAGGCAGCUGAAAAGAUUUGCUACCCUGUCAUGAUACGUUCUGCCUAUGCCCUUGGUGGUCUGGGGUCUGGCAUAUGUCCUGAUAAGGAAAGUCUGCUGGACCUUGGUACAAAGGCAUUUGCAAUGACUAACCAAAUUCUGGUGGAAAAGUCAGUUGUUGGCUGGAAGGAGAUAGAGUAUGAAGUUGUGAGAGAUGCUGCUGAUAACUGUAUUGCUGUCUGCAACAUGGAAAACAUUGAUGCUAUGGGAGUCCACACAGGAGAUUCUGUUGUAGUGGCUCCAAGCCAGACACUCAGUAAUGAGGAGUUUCAGAUGCUGAGGGAUCGUGCCAUCAAAGUUGUCCGACAUUUGGGCAUUGUGGGAGAGUGUAAUAUCCAGUUUGCUCUGCAUCCAACUUCCCUGGAGUACUACAUCAUUGAAGUUAAUGCCAGACUCUCAAGGAGUUCAGCUUUGGCCUCCAAGGCAACAGGGUAUCCAUUAGCAUUCAUUGCUGCCAAAAUUGCCUUGGGGAUUCCCUUGCCAGAAAUCAAGAACGUAGUGACAGGAAAAACCUGUGCUUGCUUUGAGCCCAGCCUCGAUUACGUUGUGACCAAGAUUCCCCGCUGGGAUCUGGACCGUUUUCAGCACACUUCCAACCGCAUCGGGAGCUCCAUGAAGAGUGUGGGAGAGGUCAUGGCUAUCGGCCGCACGUUUGAAGAGAGCUUCCAAAAGGCCCUGAGGAUGUGCCACCCCUCAGCAGAUGGCUUCGUUUCACAGCUGCCUAUGAACAAAGCCUGGCCAGCCAUUGUAGAUUUGCAGAAGGAGCUCUCUGAGCCAUCCAGCACUCGGAUAUAUGCAAUAGCCAAGGCCUUGGAUAAUGAAGUCCCUGUGGAUGUCAUUCACAAUCUCACAGCCAUUGACAAGUGGUUCCUGUAUAAGAUGCAGAACAUUGCCAACAUGGAGAAGAUCCUAAAGGAAGUGAACAGGCCUAGCAAAACAAUUCCAGAAGAGACACUGAGGAGAGCCAAACAGAUGGGCUUCUCUGACAAGCAGAUUGGGAAAUGCCUGAGGCUGACUGAAAUCCAGUGCCGUCAGCUGAGACUGAAGAAGAAUAUAGUGCCCUGGGUGAAACAGAUUGACACCCUGGCAGCAGAAUACCCAGCAGUGACUAAUUACCUCUAUGUCACAUACAAUGGGCAGGAACAUGAUGUAAAAUUUGAUGACUGUGGAGUGAUGGUGUUGGGCUGUGGACCAUAUCAUAUAGGCAGCAGUGUGGAGUUUGAUUGGUGUGCUGUCUCCAGCAUCCGCACGCUGCGUCAGCUUGGCAACAAGACCGUGGUCGUGAAUUGCAACCCAGAGACAGUGAGCACAGAUUUUGAUGAGUGUGACAGACUGUACUUUGAGGAGCUGUCACUGGAAAGGAUCCUGGACAUCUACCAAUAUGAGGGAUGCAGUGGCUGCAUUAUUUCUGUAGGUGGGCAGAUUCCCAAUAACUUGGCAGUGCCACUGCACCAGAGUGGAGUGAAGAUUCUUGGCACAAACCCUUUAAAGAUUGACCAGGCAGAAGAUCGCUCCAUAUUCUCAGCUAUCCUGGAUGAGCUGCAUGUGGCCCAGGCUCCCUGGAAGGCAGUCAGCACACUGAGAGAUGCAGUUGAAUUUGCAAGGUCUGUGAGUUAUCCAUGUUUGCUGAGGCCCUCCUAUGUUCUGAGUGGGUCUGCAAUGAAUGUAGUAUUCACUGAAGAGGAAAUGAAGAAGUUCUUAGCAGAAGCCACCAGAGUCUCUCAGGAUUACCCUGUGGUACUCACUAAAUUUAUUGAAGAUGCCCGUGAGGUGGAAAUGGAUGCUGUAGCCAAAGCAGGAAGAGUUAUUUCACACGCUAUUUCAGAGCAUGUGGAGGAUGCAGGUGUUCACUCAGGAGAUGCCACCCUCAUGUUCCCCACGCAGACCAUCAGCCAGGGAGCCUUGGAGAAGGUAAAAGCUGCUACAAAAAAGAUUGCAAAGGCUUUUGCCAUCUCUGGUCCAUUCAAUAUCCAGUUCCUGGUGCAAGGCAACACCGUGCUGGUGAUAGAGUGCAACCUGCGGGCUUCACGCUCAUUCCCCUUUGUGUCCAAGACUCUGGGUGUGGAUUUCAUUGAUGUGGCCACUAAAGUGAUGAUUGGAAACCAGGUUAAUGAGUCAUCCCUCCCCACAAUGGAACAUCCCAUUUUCCCAUCCAGAUAUGUUGGGAUUAAGGCCCCAGUGUUUUCCUGGUCCAGGCUGAGAGAUGCUGACCCUGUUCUCCGAUGUGAAAUGGCCUCUACUGGGGAGGUUGCAUGCUUCGGGGACGACGUGUACUCUGCUUUCCAAAAGGCUCUGCUUGCCACAGGGUUUAAAUUUCCUAAGGAAGGAAUUUUGAUUGGAAUCCAGAAGUCCUUCCGCCCCAGAUUCCUCAGUGUAGCAGAAGUACUGCAUAAACAAGGCUUCAAGCUUUAUGCCACAGAAGCAACCUCAGCCUGGCUCAAUGCUAAUGGCAUCCCAGCAAAUCCUGUGGCAUGGCCAUCACAGGAAAACCAGAGUCCAAGCCUCCCUUCAGUCAGGAGGCUGGUGAGUGAUGGGAAAAUAGAUCUGGUGAUUAACCUGCCCAACAGCAGCACCAGGUUUGUCCAUGAUAAUUAUGUGAUCCGGAGGAUGGCAAUUGACAGUGGGAUUGCUCUGCUCACUGACUUCAAGGUGACAAAGGUUUUUGCUGAAGCUCUCAAAUACUCUGGAAAAUUGGACUCCAGGAGUCUCUUCCACUACAGACAAACUGACAAUGAGAGCCCUGCAUAG